AGAAUCACUGCACGCUGCGGCAAUAAUGGGCAGCACCGGUGGACUAGGAGUAGGAGUGGGAGUGGGAGUGGGAGUGGGAGUGGGAGUGGGAGUAGGAGUAGGAGUAGCAGUAGGAGGAACUGGUGGCGGCCCAGGCACCAGCACCAGCACGGCCAGCACCACGCCGUUUGCCAGCAUAUCAGCGUUGGUCAGCGGACCGGCUGUUGCACCUCCAGCAACAGCCACAGCCACGGCCACAAUAGCAGCCACCGGAACCAGCAAGCGCAAGAAAUCGUCCAAACAAAAGCGUUGAAAGCAGGAUCAGCCGCGGAACCAGAGGCACGAUCAGAAGCAGGAGCAGCAGCAGGAGCAUAAUCAGCAAGAAAUGGAAACGAUUGCCGGCGUGGCCAAGUCCGAGGACAUCAAGUUUAGAUUUAAUUACAAGCACUGGAAGCGCAAGCUGAUGCAGUUUCAUUUGCGAAUGUCCAAACAGUAGGAGAGCUAGGAGCAGUCGUCGGAACAGUCGGAUAGGCAGAUAGACAGAUAGACAGAUAGAUACCCCCCCCAACCAUCUCGAACUUCCCAAGAGUAAUCCAAUCACAAAUACGAUUAAAACUAGAUGGACAUUAAUUACACAAUUGAGAUGUGUAUGAACUGUAAAUACAACAAGAAAUAUGCUUUAUCUACAUUAUACGGAACAUAGUUAAAUAGAUGUAGGUUCUCAAAGUCCUUUGUUCUAGCCGUGUAAGCAGACCGUAAAGAGAAAGAAAGAAGGAAAGAUAUACAGAUAUAUAUAUAUAUAUAUAUAGAUCGUACAGGAAACAUGAAUUUUGCUUUGCCUAAACUCGAAAGAUAAUGAAUUUUUUUUUUGGUCUCCCGGCUGGGAGAGUAGUUCGUUUUUAGUGGACAUAAAAUAUGCAUAAACGUACGUGUACGUAUACGUAUACGGAUACAGAUACAGAUAUAACUUGUAACCAUUCUGAGAACUUUGAAUGAGGAGCAAAUCGUAGUUUUAAGCAAAGAAGUAGCAGAAUUCUGAUUUUAGUUUUCUCCCUCUCUCCUCCCCUCCACACCAACAUCCAAUAUUAUUUUCGCUUUAUGUGAGACUGAAAGAGCGCCGUGAAAACCGUAAAGCCAGGCCCAAACAAAAAACAAACCAUAGCGCGAAGAGCGAAGAAACACUUGAAUCAAAUCGAAUGCUUUAAACCACACCGUUUAUCGGUUGCGAACGAGGGCAGGAGCGAGGAAAUACCUUAAAAUAGAAUAGACACCAAAUUAUCAAGGUCCUAGCAAUUAGAUCCAUUAGCGUGUAAAACCAACCAACCAGCCCAGAUGAAAAUCAAAAAGUUAUAUGAAUUUUACGGAAGCGCCCUGAAGCCACAAAGUUUUGAUUUCAUUUAAAAAUUGAAUUUAUGAUACGUUGAAAGAACAUUGUGUAGAAUUGAAGUAAAGCGUGAAAUAAAGUGUAUUUUUUAUAAAGAAAAAAAAAAGAAAAAUAGUAGAAAUUUGCCAACACAUCGCAAACGCAUACGAGUAUCUAAGAGAAGUCAACCAAUAAAUACACACCUAUAUAUAGAUAUAUAUGUAUAUUUACUUGGAAUCCUCCAAGUGAAUGUGUAAAAUUUCUAGCGUUAGUAUCAGAACACAACAAAAUUGAAGAGAAUAAUAAUAAGCCCGAACUUCUACGGUGGAACAUUUAAAAUAGUUUUCUUUCAGGCAUGUUUAGGAUGCCCCUUGAAAUUAUUAUUUAUGAGUUAGAACAUUUUUCCACCGACAUCGGCUUGGAUAGUAAAUUUAAAUUAAAAAAAAUUUCAAAUUUAAAAAAAAAAACAAACCCCAAUUGUAUGAUAACUUCCAGUAGCGUAAACGAAAACUAAUACGAAUAUGAAUAUGAAUAUGAAUACGUGGGAUAUACAUCUACACAUAUAUAUAGUAAUGCAGUAUCUGAGGAAACUUUUUUUUUUUUUUUUUUCAACUUAGUUUAGGCGAAUCCGCAUCCGAAUCCGAAUCCGGAGAUUCGUGGUGGACAACAACACAUGUAAAUACAUUUAAAUAUAGUUUUUAGUGGUUAGUGGAAGAGGCAGAGGGGUAAAGGUAUACACAUAUGUGGAAUUUGAGAAUCAAAGUUGAAAACUAAUUUAUUUUAGCGUUAUAGAUCAUCCGUAGAACUGAAUGCAAUAUGCUUACCUUAUACUCGACAUUAUAUAAUUCUAUUCCUAUUAUCUUUAGUUGGAUUCACAAGUUUUUUAUAGCAAAACUGUAUAUCAUUGUAAAUUAAUGAAAGCAUAUGAAGUACGAUUAGCAUAUACAAAAGUUAAAAAAACAAUAAACAGAAGCAAAAUAGCAUAACAUUGUUACGAUUGCCGUAAGAGCAAUUAAAAAAAUCCCAGAAAUUUGAAAAUGACGGGGGAAACGGAAAAUGGAAAAUGGAAAAUGGAUCACUGGAAAACUAAAAACUAAUGAAAUAAUACAUGUAACCGUAAGCUAACUAAACGUAUAAGUGUAACCUUUAACCACUCAAUAUUAUAGCACGUUUUGGAUUAUCAAAUAUGCGUAUACAGAAAUAUCUAUUAUAAACCAUAAAUGUAAACCCAUACAAACAAAAUUCCCAGAAAACACAAACGUCUAUCUAUGUAACGAAAUAAGCCGAAAUAGAAAGAACACCACAAAACAAAACACCACACAACCCAAAACCCAUGUAAUAAACGAAACAAACCACAUUUAAUGUAAUAUUGAUAUAACGUAAUUUUUAAAGUGAGGUACUAUAAAUAAAACGAUUAAAUAAUAAAGCA